UGGUAUUGGUUGUGUGAAAGCAUGCUUUAAUGAUAUCUAUCGAGUACUCAACAAUUUAGCAUCUCUACAUAAAAACAAUUGUUCUCAGUUUUUUCUGAAAUGUGCGGUAUCUAGUUUUAGCUCUGUUAACUUCACCAGAAAUUCUUCGCUCUAUAUUUAGUGUUCUGCAAUACGCCGUAAUGUUAUAUAUAUCUGUGUAUGUGGUAUUAGUAAAAUAAUUAGUUACGGUAUUAUUGUAUGUUAACGUCGACAAGUGAUAGAAUACAAAUCUUAUUGUGGUAAAUCAAAAUUAACCAAUUAUUAAAUGUUAAAUAAAACUGAACAGGUUAAAAAGUAAUUAAUAGUGAUAGACGCACACGUAAUGAUUUUUUAUCUUAUUGUGUGUAUUGCUGUGAAUACUGUCGGAUGUUUUGAUCGACCAGGUGCAUCGUGCUUACAUUCAGAAAUUUACAAUUGACGAAUAACAUAUAUAAAUAUAUAGGAUGGAUACCUUCGAUGUGUCAGACCGAAACAGUUGGUAUUUCGGACCGAUGUCUCGUCAAGAUGCAACCGAAGUGCUAAUGAAUGAGCGCGACCGAGGUGUAUUUCUAGUACGUGAUAGUAAUUCCAUCGCAGACAAAUUUGUUGUAUCGACAUGUGUAUUUAUUACUUAUAGAGAGGACACCAAAGUUAGUAACUAUAUUAUAAAUAAGAUACAACAACAGGAUCAAGUUUUGUAUCGAAUAGGGGAUCAAUUAUUUGAAAACUUACAAAAAUUGUUAACUUUUUACACAUUGCACUAUCUUGACACCACUCCGCUGAGACGCCCUGCACCAAAGAAGGCUGAAAAAGUCAUUGGUAGAUAUGACUUUGAGGGUAGUGAUCAAGACGAUCUCCCUUUUAGACGUGGCGAAAUCCUGACUGUAAUUCGCAAGGACGAAGAUCAGUGGUGGACGGUCCGAAAUCAGCAGGGACAAAUCGGUCAAAUUCCUGUACCUUAUGUUCAAAUAUGUGAGGAAAAUACAGAUGAUAACUGUAUUGAUCGGCCAUUAUCGAGUGGUGGCAAUUGUGGCACUACUUUAGCACCUAGUAACAGUUUUCGUUCCCCGCUUUUAUCAAGUGUAGCUUGCAAAAAUGAUACCACGAUUCAUUCAACAUCUACAAAUUGCCAUCAGCUAAGCAAUUCGUUGAAACGAUCCGAUUUAAAUCGAAAACUACCAGCGUUUGCCCGUGUGAAACAGGCACGUGUACCCAACGCCUACGACAAAACAGCACUAAAACUUGAGAUUGGCAAUGUAAUUAAAGUAACCAAAACUAAUAUAAAUGGCCAGUGGGAGGGGGAGCUUAACGGAAAAAAGGGGCAUUUUCCAUUUACACAUGUGGAAUUCAUUGAUGACUGCGAUCCCAUAAAUAAUGCUGAGGAUGCAACGUUGAAAGUGGUUUCUGUGUCAAGCCUAAAUAAUGACUGGGUGGAAUAAGAUAAUCAUGAAUGAUUAUUCAUAUUACUCAUUACGAUUGGAUAUAAAUUAGUAAAAAUAAUCAAAUGGGUCAAAAAUAAUUUAAAAUUUCACACAUUUUAUAAUUUUUAAACUUGACAUUAAAAUAGAAUUUUGGCCGAUACUGUAAAAUUCGUAAAAAAGGAUUCAUUAAAAAAUAAUUAUUAAAUAUGUGCAAGUUAAUUACUACUACAUGUAUAUCAACAUGUUGCUACACUGUACAUAUAUUACGAAGAGAUGUAAAUGAAAGUAGUGCCGAAGCAAAUUUUAACCGAUUAAAAAUAGUGACACUUGAGUUCAUAUUUUUGGAUAUGCAUACCUUCAUACAUUUUUUAUGUUAGUAAGUUUAUUUAAUAAAAUAUAUGUUUUUGUUUAUCUGGUCACGUAUUUUAUGCCAUAGAAUCUUUAUUAUCCUUAUUAUAUAAUAAUUAAUAAAGUACAUUAACAAUA